CCAAAAAAAAUGUCAUACACAUAUAAAUUUCAGUAUAGAAUACAAGUGACACUGCUACAUGUACACAAACUUAAGUGUACCAAGCAACUCAAAUUGUCCUCAUCUGUCCACUGUCCACUCCUGAGAACAGAUUACUCCAGUGUGAAUCAUGAAGGCUUCUACAAUCCCAGUCCUGCUUUUAAUCCUUCUGGCUACUAGAGGCAAAGUCUAUGGCCAGGCACGAGUCCAAUAUAGGCGUUAUGCAUGUCCUCCAGACUUUAUCCACCUAGGCCACAGAUGUUACUACUUCAGUAGUGAAAUGGCCACAUGGCAUAGUGCUCACUUCUUAUGCAAGGAUCUUGGCAGCCAAAUGGCUGCCUUAGAAACAAGGUGGGAGGAUAACAAUAUCCGAUCCUACCUCAAUCGCUCAGAGUUUGCUCCUCUUAAUAGAUGGGUGGGAGGGAUUUACAACUGGUCUCGCAGAAAGUGGAAGUGGGCACCAUCAGCUACAGUGAUGUCUUACAAUGGCUUCCUCACUCAACAAUUUCCUCGCUCUUCCCGCUGGCAGUGUGUCUACCUUUCCCCAAGGCUUGAUUAUCGUUGGAACCACCAAUUCUGCACCACCUCUAUGCAUUAUCUCUGUGAGACCAGUGAGGUUAGGAUUUCACAUGUUAAUGACUCAACAAUGAACAAUGAGUAAAAAUGGAGUUUUCUUGGAUAUAAGCAGUUUUUCUGAUAUGCAAAAAAAAUUACAUUUCUGGAGUGUGGGCUGUUUUGUAAGUUUUUAAUAUGAAGUAAAGAGAGUGAACAAUAUUUUCAUCUCCUAUACUUUCUCUUCAGAAAUCCAGCAACUGACCACUGAGAUUUUCCCUUCUCAGUUUCUAUUCAAAUAUAUAUUAAAUAAAACACACAAGUCCAACACUAGCCAUGUAGUUACAGUGAAUAUGAAAGUAAGCAGUGUACAAAUUAAUAAAUUAUCCAUUUUACUAA